UGAGUGCAGGAGUUGAUUGACAGAUGCAUGCCAGAAACCCCCAUUCUCCUUUUCAAAGACAACAUAUGAUGGAUUGCGAUCUCUCAGCCCAGCAGGACACGGGGACCAUGCAAGCUGUAAUUGGUCAGGAUCCAAUGAUAGCUGGACAAGUCAGCAAGCCCUUGCUGUCAGUGCGGAGUGAAAUGAAUGCAGAGUUGGGAGGUGAGGACAAGGCUGCUACUUCAGACAGCGAGCUGAAUGAGCCCCUGCUUGCGCCGGUGGAAUCCAAUGACAGCGAGGACACUCCCAGCAAGCUCUUGGGGGCCAGAGGAAACCCUGCGCUGUCCGACCCGGGCACCCCCGAGCACCACCAGGCGGGCCAGACCCACUCCCCGUUCCCGAUUGGGCCGCAGCCACUUCUGACGGCCCAGCAGUUAGCCUCUGCUGUGGCCGGGGCAAUGCCAGGCGGCACGCCGGCCCUCAACCAGCCUAUCCUCAUCCCCUUCAGCAUGGCCGGUCAGCUAGGAGGGCAGCAAGGACUGGUCCUCACACUGCCUACUGCGAAUCUCACCAACAUCCAAGGGCUGGUAGCAGCAGCUGCAGCCGGAGGCAUUAUGACUCUGCCAUUGCAAAAUCUACAAGCUACCUCAUCCCUGAACUCCCAGCUCCAGCAGCUCCAGCAGCUCCAGCAGCUCCAGCAGCAGCCGCCGCCCGCCCCGCCCGGCAGCCAGCACCCGCAGCCGGCCCCGCAGGCGGCCCCGCAGCCCCAGCAGCCGCCGCCGCAGCCCGCCCCGCCGGCGCCGCAGCCGCCGCCCGCCUCCCAGCCGCUGCCCGCGCCCCCGGCGCAGACCCCGCAGCCGCCGACCCCGAACCAGCCGUCUCCGACUCAGCAGAGCGCCAGCCCCCCGCAGAAAGCCAGCCAGUCUCCGGGACACGGCCUCCCGUCGCCGCUCACGCCACCCAAUCCGCUGCAGCUGGUUAAUAAUCCACUAGCAAGUCAGGCUGCAGCGGCUGCAGCAGCAGCAGCCAUGGGCUCCAUAGCAAGUUCACAGGGCUUUGGCAAUGCCCUCUCCAGUCUUCAGGGGGUCACGGGUCAACUAGUUACUAAUGCACAAGGACAGAUUAUCGGGACCAUUCCUCUGCUGCCGAAUCCGGGGCCGGCCGGCCACGCGGCCAGCGGCGCUCAGGGCCUUCAGGUGCAGCCCAUCACCCCCCAGCUCCUGACGAACGCUCAGGGCCAGGUCAUCGCCACCGUCAUCGGGAACCAGAUCCUGCCCGUCAUCAACACCCAGGGCAUCACGCUGUCCCCCAUCAAGCCCGGCCAGCAGCUCCACCAACCCUCCCAGACGUCAGUGGGUCAAGCAGCCUCCCAAAGCAGCCUUCUGCACCUGGCUCACAGCCAAGCAUCCAUGUCUCAAAGCCCCGUCCGGCAGGCUUCCUCCUCCUCCUCCUCCUCCUCCUCCUCUUCAGCUUUGAGCGUGGGCCAGUUAGUCAGCAAUCCUCAAACGGCAGCGGGUGAGGUGGAUGGGGUUAAUCUGGAGGAGAUCCGAGAAUUUGCCAAAGCUUUUAAAAUCCGGCGCCUGUCCCUUGGCCUGACCCAGACUCAGGUGGGCCAGGCUCUCAGUGCCACCGAGGGCCCCGCGUACAGCCAGUCGGCCAUCUGCAGACACACCAUCCUGAGAAGCCACUUUUUCCUACCACAGGAAGCCCAAGAGAGCACUAUAGCUAGCAGUCUGACAGCCAAACUGAACCCUGGCCUUUUGUAUCCUGCCAGGUUUGAAAAGCUGGACAUCACCCCUAAAAGUGCCCAGAAGAUCAAGCCGGUGCUUGAGCGGUGGAUGGCUGAGGCUGAGGCCCGCCACCGAGCAGGUAUGCAGAACCUGACCGAGUUUAUCGGGAGCGAACCGUCCAAAAAGCGCAAGAGGCGCACCUCCUUCACGCCCCAGGCCCUUGAGAUCCUCAAUGCUCACUUUGAGAAGAACACACACCCCUCGGGGCAGGAAAUGACCGAAAUUGCCGAGAAGCUGAACUAUGACCGGGAAGUAGUUAGAGUUUGGUUCUGCAAUAAGAGGCAAGCCCUGAAGAACACAAUUAAGCGCUUAAAACAGCACGAGCCGGCCACGGCAGUCCCUCUGGAGCCCUUAACAGACUCGCUGGAGGAAAAUUCCUAAAGAGAUGCCCACCUGGAAUCAGAAAAAAAAAGAAAAAAAAUCUGCAGAAACGAAACUCCACUCUUGGGACUUCAUCCCCUAACCCCUCAAAAAGAAAAAAAAAAAAUUACAUUAAAAAUAAAUUUUAAAAUAGCCCCCAUCAUCACCCUUGAAAGUAAAAGACUAAGAAAUCUACAAGUGGACAGGGUGGUUUAUACGUGUCCAUUGGAUUUUCUCCAAAAACGGAAAAAACAAUUUUUUUGAAAAUUUUUAAACAAGGAAUACACGACAGUGCAGGUGUUGGGGGGAUAGUCCCCUCCCCCACCUGUCUCCCCAAAGCCAGUUUUUUAAUGGACUUAAAGCAAACCAAAUAACCACAUACUUUUUUCUGUAUAUUAUGAAAAAU